AUGUCGGGAAAGCUCUUGACUAUUGUUCUUCUCGGGCUCGGCCUUGUCAAUGCAAGCCCCAUUGUGAAGCGUUCAGUGGCAACUGACAUCACCACUAUUACUAGUGACGUUCAAAAAUUGGACUCAGAUGUCACUGGCUGGGACGGGUCCCUUCUCACCGCGCUUCCGUUACUCAGCGAUGUUACUACAAUCAAGGAUGAUAUCAACACGGCCAUCACCGAUACGAACUCUUCAUCUGCAUUUAGCUCAAGCGACAGCACCACAGUUACAAAUGAAAUAGUGGCAUUGCAGCCCAUUAUCGCGACAACUCUCAACGAUCUAGUCGCCAAAGCUUCUGAUGUUUCAGCAAUUGGCUUCACAAGCACCGUACAGUCAAAUCUGGAGGAUCUGAAGACCCUCGCUGAUCAGCUCACUGCCGCGUUGGACUCCAAGGUCACUUCAUCUGAUGCAUCCUCGAUUGAGACCGCCGCAACCGCUAUCGACUCGUCAUUUGCCAGUGCCAUCUCUGCUUAUUAG